UAAAGGCUUCCAACCAGUCAGAUGAGAGUCAGACGUUCGCAAUUUUUAUAUACUCUAUAAUUUACGCAUUUCGGUUUUCUUCAUAUUUGCAAAUUGAAUUUUCUUAAGAUGAAUUCCUUUCCUGUGAUAGUUUAGUAAUUUGUGGAAUUUGUCAAAAAUGCGUGGCCACUUUCGAUAUUCUGUGUGGGAUCCAUUACUCAUCAUCAGCCAAAUAUUAACCAUUCAAGCUAUCUUCUACGUUUCAUUAGGUGUAUGGAUAUUUGUAACGGAUACUAUUUCUGGAUACAAUCAAUCAUUAGACCAAAUUUUCCUCUACAAAGCAAUAAAUGUUAAAGAUCUACAUGGGCGUUGUCUUGCCGGAUCAUAUCUCUUGAAUUCACUUUGUUGUUCUUUAGCUUUAUGGUACUUUGUGCAGCGUACAAAGUUAUGUUUGGACUUUACCGUAACAGCUCAUUUAAUUCAUCUUGUCUUGUGUUGGUGGUACAGCUCAUCUUUUCCGUCUACUUUUUCAUGGUGGUUAUUGAACAUUAUUUGUGUCACUAUAAUGUGUGUCUGUGGAGAAUUUUUAUGCAUGAGGACAGAGAUGAAAGCAAUACCACUGAGCAUGGGAGUGAAAACAGAUCUGUAAUAUAGUCUAACUAUAAGAUGUCUGAUCUUCCUGGUAUUUUCAAAGAGAUUAAUAUUUAUAUACUUUUAUAGUUAGGAAAGCUUCAAGGUUUAUUAAAAAAAAAUUCUAUUUAUUUCUAUAAUAACUACUUAAAAUGAAUUUUUAGUGAAAUAUUGCUUGUUAUUAGUUCAUAUUAUUAGUUCACUUCACAGGAAAAUAUGUCGCAUAAUUAAUUGCAAUAUUAUAAAAUAUAUUUUUAAUUGCAUAUUUAGCAUUCCAAAUCUUAUAUGUAUUCUUAGAUUCCAUUUUUCCUUCAUUGCUUUAUAAUUUUCAACGUGAAAUUUGUUCCCUACUUAAGAGAAAUGUUUAAAAAAAAUAAAACUGGCAUGCUUCUGCGCAUGAUGGUCAUAAAGUAAUUGUAUGAAAAACAAAAUGAAAGGAAAUUUAUAUAUAUAUGUAUAAUUUAUAUAUAAUGUAAACUUAAGCACAGUAUAUGAGUUCUAAAAUAAUUUUUAUUUAUUUAUAGCUUUUCUAAUGAUGAAAUUAUAUCUCGCUAGAAUGGAGAAAAACACUAGAAACAAGCAGAUUUGUUUUUUACAAAUCACAUUAAUAUCAUGCAAUUAAAGUCUCUAUAAACAAUACUUUUAACGUAUAUCUUUAAUAGCCAAUAAUAGCUUGUGAUAUUAUGUAAUAGCCAAUAUGAUUAACAAAUAAUGUGUGAUAUAAUUAAUAAAUUAUAACACAUAACAUUCGCAAAAGAAAUAUAUAUUCCUUAACAUAUUUAAUUAUUAGUUGCUGUGUUUUUCUUUCACAAAUAUAAAGUAGUUUAUGCAAAAAUUCAAAAUUCGGCCUGCAAUUUUGGAACAAUUAGAAAUUAAUAGAACUGAAAUAAAGACUUUAUUGCAUUUACAGAAUUUUGAAAUUUCUUCCACUUUCAUAUUUGCAUAUUUCUUGAUUGUGUUAAAUUCAGUGCCAGUUUAGGCACCAUUCUUGUUAUCUAAGCAUGGUUCAUAAUUGUUAGGUCCAUUCUCAUAAUUUUAUCUUCCAUGUUGCUGUAAAAUGGGACAUAAAAAUAACUAUGCAAAAUUAAUUAGCUGUAUAACAAAGUAUAUGCUCAUUUAUUAAAUCAAAAAUGUAUGAAUCAGCAAUUUUAUAUAUAUCAAAUGUGAAAGAUGUAACUAAAUAUAUUUAACCUUUUAAGACAAUAUAUAUAUAUAUAUAUAUAUAUAUAUAUAUAUCCUAAAAUUUUAGCAGAUUUGCUCACUAGUAAAAAUACAAGGGGUGUUCAAAUUAAAAAGUACAAAACGACACUGUGGGUAUAAAUAAAGACUUUAUUGAAAGUAUACAUCAUAGGCCUGAACACAACGAUCUGAAAGAUUUCUUGUUCCCAACAUUCAUGUGGCCGUGACGAGAACCAGUCCUUCACUGCGUCCUUGAGUUAGGCAUCCGAGUUGAAGCGUUUCCCUUUCAGAUGUUUUUUCAGGGGACUAAACACAUGAAAAUCGCAGGGUGACAUGUCCUGGCUGUAGGGCGUAUGGUCGAGCUGCUCUCUCUCUCUUGAACUUGGUCAGUUUCGCGUGUGUGAUCCUGGAGACGUGUGGAUGUGCAUUAUCAUGGAGCAGAACCACACCCUCUGUGAGUAGCUCAGGGCUUUUGUUCUUGAUGGCCCUUCAUAGUCUUCGGAGUGUCUUACAAUACACAUCGGUGUUAAUGGUUCUUCUGUGCUUGAGGAAUUCAACAAGUAGCGGACCUUGGACGGCGAACUCAAGGACGUUAUGAAGGAUUGGGUCUCGUCACGACAACAGGAAUUCUGGGAACAAGGAAUCCUUCGGCUCUUUAAUUAAUGGGAUCGUUGUGCUCAGGCCUAUGGUGUAUACUUUGAAUAAAGCCUCCAUUUAUACCCACAGUGUCGUUUCGUACCUUUUCAUUUGAACACCCCUUGUCUGUAACAUUAUUGAAAGUUUACUAUUAUUUUCAAAAGAAAUCUUAAGGUUUGACAUAUCAGUUAAGGGUAACCAAAGCAGAAUUAUUUGGGUCAGAAAAGUUAUAUAUUUACAUAAAAGAAUUUAGAGCUUAUUAAAAUUUGUAGAAUAGGUUUAGUAAUAAGCAACAAAUAUAUAGAUGAUGAUUAGACAAAAUUUUCAUCAAAUCCUUUGUUAAUAUAUUGGUGAGUUGAAUUAUUAUCUCCUGCUUAUUGUAAUUGUAUCUAAAAAAUACAUGUUACAAGUUUGUAUUUUGUAGCAUUUUUUUUUAUUAUUUUUUUAGACAAUUAUAUUUUCAAAAAAAUAUUUGCAAAUCAUCUUUUAAAUUUUUAAUUUUAAAAAGAAAAUAUUUUUAUGAUGUUAAUUAAGGAUUUAAUUUUUGAUGAUGUAAUUUGCAUUUAUCUAAAAAAGUUAAAGUUUCUUUAUCAGUCCACACUGAUAAAGAAACUCAUCUUUGUUGAUCUUAUUCAUCAAAAUUUACAUACAAAUUAUUCAAAUCAAAGCUAAUAUUGCUAUUACCUACUAAUUAUAUACUGUUCUAGAGCAAGGGUUCCCAAUUAUUUCUUGGCCACUGCCCUGUCAGCAAGAAAAAAAAAUUUAAUGUCCCCUCUUCCAAAAUAGUUAAUCAUACAACUUAUUAAAAUAUUGCUGCAUAUUACAGUUUCAAAUUGCCACAUUCAGAUGAUGUACAUUCUUUUCCUUUUCUUAGACAAUAUAUAAACUAUUGAAUUGAAACUGCAGCUAUACACAUUGAAUGAAAAGUUAUUAAAUCACUACUGAUUCCAUAGAAGACAAAAUUGAGGAUAACAUGUCCAAUAGGAAUCUAUAAAAGUCGUAUUUCAUAUAUUUACUUUUUAUGACAAGUUAACACCAGUACAUAUGACAUUUAAUGUAGAUUUUUAUGUAAUACACCUUUUAAGAUGUAGUCUGGAAUUUUUGUAUAUUUGUUUAUUAAACAUGAAGAAUUAUAAUUGCUGGUACAAGUAUCGAUAUAAAUCUAAAAGUAGUCUAGAACCUUCAUAAAUUUUAGUUAAAAUUAAAAUAUUAUGAAUGAUGGCUUUAUUUCCUUCUCUUUUAGUUGUAAUUUAUAAUUAAAACAUUUUAAUAUCCUCA